CGCAUUGAAGUGACAACAAAGUUUUUAACUUUAAAUAUAAAUGGAAGACGAAACUUUCCGCAAACGCAAAGGUACAACAGACAAAGGAAAAAUUUACGAAGAUUUAGUCGCCGCUGAUUUAAUUUUAAAGCUACUGACUGAAGAAAUAAAUGUGAAUAAUUUCAAACUCUCAACUAAUAAUGAAAAAUUCGGAGAUUUCGACGAUGUUGUUUUAAAACUUGAUACAGGCGAAAUCUACGCUUUACAACUGAAGCACUCAAGUAACAGCAAUAAAGCUGUUCGUGAAACUGGUUUAACAGAUGGUAAAAAGUUUAACCUUAAAAAGUAUUACGAAUCUUUUAAACAAAUCAAAGUUCCUUGUAAAGUCGUACUGUUUACUAAUCGAACAUGUGAUAUUGAUAAUAAAGAAUUCAAUUUCGACAAAAACAUAAAUAUAAAAAGCUCGAAGUGUAAUCCAAUAGAUCUAUUAAAUACUUCUGAAAACGGCAGUUGUUACACUUUUAAGAUGGAUCAGUUCAGUUCACAACUCGACGAUUAUCAAGAUUUUUUCAACAAUUUUUUCCUCUACUGUGAACAAGCAGACGUCGAAAAACUUAAAAGUAAAAUUAUAUCGAGAUUCCAAAAAAACAUUUCUUGUAGUAAAUCAGUCUGUGAUCAGUACCUCCAUUUUAUUUCAACCUGGAGUCUUCGCGAAGGACAAAAAGAAAUGUUGGACAAAACCAUAAUGCAACGUGUCAUAGUCCUUUUUCUACUCGAACGUUGUAUCCAAGCAUUUGAUUUUGGUCACGUCAAUCAAGAAAGAAAACUUUUACAAGAAGCAAUUUUUCUGUUUCGUGUUACACUCAUCGAGAAAGACUGUUACGAAAAGGUUAAACAGAUUUGGGGUGAUUUUGACGACGAAUUUGAAAACAAUAAAGCAGAAGUGGGAAAACUACGAAAUAAAUAUCAAAUAAAAACAUAUGAAGAAUUAGACAGCAAUGACAAAGCAAAAAUAUUGUGGUUAAUGGGCAAAUGUCCUCUGAUUAUCGUUGCUAAUAACGAGACGGUGAAUAAGGUACUACAAUUGUGCCCCAAUGAAAAAUUCGUUUUGCUUCUCGAUCACGAAAAUGUAAAUAAAAUAAACGCCUUCACUGUUUUCGAAAAUUUAUCAGACUUGGAUUUAAAAUCUGAUAUUUGUCAAAAAAUUCUCCAAACGUUUUAUUGCUCUAUUCAAGGAAAAGAAAAAAUAAGUUUAAAAUGUCUCAUUGCUAAAAACGAAGAGUGUCGAGAAAUAGUAACCAUCAGCGAUUUAGUCAAUAUGAUGGAUAGUCCUCGUCUUAUUGGAGAAGAAAAAGAUAAAAUUCCGGAUCCAUACAUUAACAGAUUUUUGACUACUAAUUUAAUAAACAUUAAAUAUCUAAAAACUGUUGAUAAAAACACACUCGUAGUUCUUGACUGUAGGAACAAAAUUGAUGAAAUCAAGAAUCAUCUAGGAAGUUAUAAUUUAAAAAGAGUUUCAACAUGGUUGAAAGAUUCUUUGCUUUACGACCAUAAAGAUUCAAAUCAAGUAUCGCUGUUUCAUUCGAGUCCAAUCAUAAAAAAAUUUGUUACGGGGCCUGAUAUGUACGUAAGUGAAGACAAAUGUACGCUGGAAGAAUUUGAAGAAAUUUGUGAAAAAAACAAAAACAAGGAAAAAUAUCACCACUUCAGAGUAAUCGACGAUAUGACUUUAGAGUGGAUCAGGAGCAAAAAAAGCAUCACUGCUUUAGAGCAGUUUCGAACCGGUCAAACCUCCAUUGAAGAAACAAGUCUUUACGGUUUUGAGCCGGAAAAUAACCUAAAUUUAGUGAACGGAGAUCCCGGAAUAGGAAAAUCUGAGUUAUUGAAAAAUAACAAGAAUAAUUCAAAUCCGGGAAUUCUCUGUAUCUUUUUCCCUUCAAAAGAUACGACUUUACUUUGUUCACAACUUGAAGCUAAAAGUGAUUUGUAUGAAGAAUUGGUCACUUUUAUUAUUGAUGUGAAAUAUCAAGCUUAUUCACGUUUCGAUAAAAAUGUCUUAAGGUUUUUAAUUGAAACUAAUCAAGUGAUGUACUUUUGGGAUGCGUUGGACGAAAUUUCGACAAAAAAUAUGGAGACUACCGUAAAUCUUAUUGAGACUUUAUCAAAGAAAAGUCAUUGUCAAUGGGUGUCCAGUCGUUGCCAUUUGAAGAGUCAGCUAGAGAAGAAAUUCAACGUUCUUUCUAGAACCAUAAUUCAGUUUGAUGAAGAAGAACAAUCUCUUUAUAUACAUAAACGUCUUGGAAAUUUAUAUUCAAAAGAAGACAUUAACGAAGUGAUUGAAAAAAUCCGUUCCACAGUAACUUUAAUGAAGCACUACGACAUUUUGGGCAUUCCUUUACAAGUGUUUAUGCUAACCGAGUUGUUUCUUCAAGACCAAGAAAAGUACUUUAAACUUUUAAAAAACAUGUUUUCUUUAGCCGACCUCUACCAUUACAUCAUCGAAGAAAAAUUCAACGUCUAUUACAAAGACAAAGCUGGUAUCAAUUCACCUAACGAUGCUCUGAAACGAAUCCUGAUGUUUCACAGGAAAAACAUGUACGAAAAUUACGAAAAAGCUGCAUUGAAGACUUCAGUUACUAAAGAAAUUUUGAAACGUUUCCAUAUCAAUUGUGACAAUUUUUUAAACGAACUUGAAACAGGAGACGACAAUAUCGGAUUGAUUAAAGAAGUCACUGAUAGUUUUCCUCAGUUCCAUCACAAUUCCUACGCUGAAUAUUUCGUUGCCACUUAUUUUAUCCAACAUUACGAAGAAAUACCAGAGUUGAGAAACCUUCUGUUCGAGAAAAGACAUGCAAAUAUACGAUUUUUCUUCGAUUUGUUAACUGCGAAAGAUUCACCCUCUCUUAUUGCUGUUUUGUGCAAAAAUAUAGACUUGUUGAAAAAACACCAAAACGAGUUGGAACACAGCGAAGAUGAAAAAGGAAGAAACGCCUUGCAACUGGCUUGUUCUUGGGGUCAGAGAUAUCCGAUUUUAGAAGUAGAAAACAAUUUCGGAACUUACGUUUUGGAUAAUACAAACGAUGAUACUCUUUGCGGUGAAACCCCUGAAUAUAACGAAAUCUUGCAGUAUCUUUUGGAACAUUGUAAUGUGACAGAGACUUGUAAGCUGUUUAACUUAUCGUGUCUAAAAUAUGCAGAAGAGAGUGAUUGUCUUAUGACUAAAUUGAAGAUUCUUCUGAAACAAAACAACAAGUUUUCAAAAUUGAAAAAUGACAAAGAAGGGAUCAGCAUUCUGUACUAUUGUACCAAGUUUGGCUACGACGAAGUUAUCGACUUGUUUGAAGAUUUACCUUUUAUCAAAACAAAAGUCAAUGAAUUCACGUUAUUACACAUAGCAGUUGAAUGGGAUCAAGAAAAAUAUAUAAGACGUCUCCUCCAGGUUCCAGUAUAUAAAAAUACCAUCGAUGAGGAAGAUAAAUAUGGAAGAACACCACUAUAUUUGGCUUGUCAGUUAGGUCUUUACAACAUUGUUAAAUUGUUGAUCGAAAACGGAGCUAACGUUAAUUACUCAACACCUCUCCAUGUUUCUUGUCUUCACGCUUGUGAUAACAUCGUCAAAUUGCUUCUUCAAGCUGGAUCAAAUAUAAAUGCCACUGACAGCUACAACAUAACUCCUCUCCACAUAGCUUGUUGGAACGGUCACCACACCACUGUCAAAAUCCUAAUUGAGAAAAAUGUUGAAAUAGAUGUUAAAACAUCCGGUGGCUGCACUUCCCUGUAUGUGGCUGCAAGAAACAAGCAUGACAAAGUUGUGAAAUUGUUGAUAAAAGCAGGCGCCGAUGUUAAUCUAGCACAAAGUGAAAAUGUUACACCUCUUUUGAUAGCAUCACAAGAAGGACACGAAAAAAAUGUCGAGUUGUUGAUCAAAGCUCAAGCUGAUGUGAAUUUGGUGACUAAUACUGGAGAAUCACCCCUUUAUGUCGCUUGCCAAAAUGGUUACGAGAUGAUCGUUCAAAUGCUUUUGAAAGCUGGAGCAAAUACUGAGGUGUUUGCAGACAAUGGCUGGAGUCCUGUUUUUAUAGCGUGCCAGCAAGGACAUGUUGGAAUUGUUCGACUACUUUUCAGAACUGGGUCAAAUUUCAGUAUUAAUGAUCAAACUGGACAGACUCCUUCAAUGGUGGCUUUUAAAAAUGGGCACCACGAAAUUGUAGAAUUAUUGGAAAAAAAUCAUUAAUAAAAUUAUAGUUUUAACGGUACGUUUGCAGAUUUUUCCGAGAAGAAUUUUUAGUUGUAGCAGCAGUUUAUGUCAUUUACCAUUUUAGAGGAAGUUUGUAGCGAAUUUUUUUACUCGUGACUAUUAUAAUUACUAUGAAUAACCAAGUGUUUUUUUUUCUUUUUUGCUAUUUUUUUUACUCGUUAUAUACUACUUUUAGUGGUUAGCUCUCACCAUAAGUAUU